GCCGCUGCUGCUAAGGCCGGCCGGGACCGGGACGGAGCAGCCGGCGCCGAGGCAGGUGGUGGUGCUGACGGGCCGCAGCGCGGAGGCUGGCAUCGGCGGCGCCACCCCCCAAACAGGCAUCCGAAGUCUGCUAGAACAGUUUCUAGCCGCAGCCUUCCGCUGGUCCCAUCCCUGACCGCACGAACUGGAAGCCUCGUGGGUAAGUCAAAAUUUCCUCACGCACUUCCUUUUGAUAUAUUGGAGGACUUGGAUCAUCAACUCCCCGGAAGAAGUUGGCCACCAACGGCAAGGGUAAGUUCAGCUGUGGCUGCUUUUGCUUGCUAGUCGCUGCUUCCGGAAUUAUUCGCCGCUCAAACAGAUGGUACCUAGCACUCUAUUUUAGUGCUACAUACAUCCGUUUGAGCCAUGACUAAUUCCGGACGGAGGAAGUAGUUUCUUCUACUUCUAGUUUGCCAGGGAUUUCAUGAUGAAAGUAUUUGACAGGUUAGAAAUAUGUUGCCCAGUUCUUCUGCAUAUGUAUUAUAUAGUUCUACACCUGAAAAAUUGUAGGUAAAUCCAACCGGGUGGUGAAGGGUUUCCUGACAAGUUAAAUGGAGACGAUUGUUUUAUUCCAAUUAUUUUGUGGGCCAGCACACAAAUAGUAUUUCCAUCGUGAUUUUUUUUAGGGAUGUCCAUGAGAAUAUUGUUAGUAUUUGAGAGACCACGACUAUAGUUGGCAAAAAUUAAAUCUAAAAUACAUAUUGUCUUAAUACAGGUUCUCCAAAAAAGGAAAAAAAAAACAACAUCCAAUAUGCAGUACUUGUCAGAUAAAAUGUCCUCGUCCGAUCCACAAUAUAUCAAAUUAUGUUUGUUACAAGCAAUCACAGAGGAGUUUUCGGAGAAGAUGAAAAUUGGUACUGGUGGCUAUGGGGAAGUUUACAAGGGAGAGCUUAAUGGGGACGAGAUUGCUGUCAAGAAGCUUUUUCCCGUCCAAGGAGUUAAUGAUGAGUCAUUUGAUAAUGAAUUCCGUAACCUUAAGAAGGUUCGGCAUAAAAAUGUCGUACGGAUGAUUGGUUACUGCUAUGAGACAUCACAUAGAGAUGUUGAAUACAAAGGUCAAUUAGUUUGGUCUCAAGUAAUAAACAGAGCUCUCUGCUUUGAGUAUAUGAAGGGAGGAAGCCUUGCCAAGCAUAUUUCUGCUGAUUCGUGUAUCCAUAAUUGGACGGAGACAUACAAUAUAAUUAAGGGGACUUGUGAAGGCCUGCACCACCUUCAUAAAGGAGAAAAAAAGAAGAUUUUUCAUCUAGACUUAAAGCCAGAUAAUGUAUUGCUGGAUGACAAAUUGGUGCCCAAAAUAGGAGAUUUUGGUUUGUCCAGGCUCUUUGGGAGUUCAUAUACCCACCAAAUAAGCACCAUGAAAGGAACAAUUGGGUUCAUGCCACAAGAAUACAUACACAAUCGCAAGGUGUCACCAAAGAAUGAUGUGUUCAGUCUCGGAGUCAUAAUUUUCCACAUGAUGGCGGGGGCAAAGGGUUAUGGCGAUUAUUGGGACGCACGUCGUCGCCCGAAUUUUUCUCCAAAAAUUCAACAAGAGUUUAUGGAGAGUGUACAAAUAUACUGGAGGAAAAAGAUGCAGGCAACUGAAGAUUAUAGAUGGGACGAAACCGAUCUACUAGGAGUAACGAAAUGUGUUGAUAUGGCAAUGCGUUGUGUGGAGGACGACAGAGACAAUAGACCUUCUACAGAGGACAUUAUCAGUGAGCUCAAGGAACUAGACUCAAAGAUAGACGAGAUGUUAAAGAAAGAUCCUAAACCUCUUACAGGCCAGCUGAAGAAGAGGCACAAGCACCAUGCCGACGAAUUGGAAGUGGUGGAUCAGAACAGAAGUUUCAAUGAUUUGAGAAGAGAUAUUGUGGUGGACCCUUGCCUAGAGCUCCGCUUCCCCUUCCAGCCAAAGAAGGACAUAUCGUGCUGCCUGCAGCUCACCAACAAGGCAGCGGCCAGCUUUGUUGCCUUCAGUAUAAACACCAACGUAAACAAGUACCGCUCACUGCCAAACAAAGGGAUUUUAGCUCCAUGUUCUAAGUGCUACAUCACCCUAACCUUGCGAGCGCAGCAGGAGUCACUGCCAAAUAUGCAGUGUGUUGAUGUGUUGGUUGUGCAGGGCAUAAGAGUGAGCGAGAACUUCACGUCUGAUGAAAUCACUCAAGACUUCCUGGCAAAUGCCGGCGCUCUGGAUGAGGUGAUGUUGCCCAUUGUCUAUGUUGCAUUGGACCACCAUCCUCUCUCUCAAUAGACAGACAGAGGAUUGUAAGAGAAACUUUUGAUCUGUUCUAUCAAAUAGAAGGUGAUAUCCAUGACGAAAA